GCUGUGUGUUAAUUGCUCGAAAAUAAGAAAUAUAUUUUCCAGUAAAUAUUACAAUAAAGUGCAAAUUCAAUAAUAGCUACAUUUACUUAAAAACGCAAUCUCAAAGAGAAGCGAAGUUAUCAAAACGUACUUUUCAUUUCUUUUUUGCAUGUCUGAGACAACUACGGUAAAGACAUAAACUACUUCGUACUGGAUGACCAAUCCAAUUUAAAUGUAGCCUGCCACGUUCACUACACUUUAUACCGCCAGCAACGUUAACUGUUUCCUUAGUUUUCAUCUGUAAUUAAACUUAGAUUAGUAAAUUCUACCAUCAUGAAAGCAAUGGACGAACAAGUCGUUGAAGAGGAAGUGGGCUUCCAAGACGACGAGGAAUCCUUUUUCCAGGAUAUAGACCUGUUACAGAAACAAGGAAUUAAUGUUGCAGAUAUUAAGAAGCUGAAGUCUGUUGGGAUUUGUACUGUAAAAGGGAUACAGAUGACUACAAAGAAGGCACUCUGCAAUAUUAAAGGACUGUCAGAAGCCAAAGUGGAAAAAAUCAAGGAAGCUGCAAAUAAACUUAUUGAGCCUGGGUUUUUAACAGCACUUGAAUACAGUGAGAAAAGGAAAUUUGUUUUUCAUAUCCCUACAGGAAGCCAGGAAUUUGACAAAUUACUAGGUGGAGGUAUUGAAAGUAUGGCAAUCACAGAGGCCUUUGGAGAAUUUAGAACUGGAAAAACACAACUAUCUCACACCCUUUGUGUAACAGCUCAGCUUCCAGGACCAAGUGGAUACUCAGGAGGAAAAGUUAUCUUUAUCGACACUGAAAACACUUUCCGUCCAGACCGUCUUCGAGACAUUGCUGAUCGAUUUAAUGUAGAUCAUGUUGCAGUGUUAGAUAAUGUGCUGUAUGCCCGUGCAUAUACAAGUGAACACCAGAUGGAAUUGCUGGACUAUGUAGCAGCAAAAUUUCAUGAAGAAGCAGGGAUCUUCAAACUAUUGAUUAUUGAUUCUGUAAUGGCUCUUUUUCGGGUGGAUUUCAGUGGCCGGGGUGAACUGGCUGAGAGGCAACAGAAGCUUGCUCAGAUGUUAUCUAGACUUCAGAAAAUUUCUGAGGAGUACAAUGUAGCUGUGUUCAUAACAAAUCAGAUGACUGCAGACCCAGGAGCUACUAUGACUUUUCAGGCUGACCCUAAGAAACCAAUUGGCGGUCACAUUUUAGCACAUGCCUCAACAACACGUAUUUGCUUACGAAAAGGGAGAGGUGAACUUCGUAUUGCAAAAAUUUAUGACAGUCCAGACAUGCCUGAAAAUGAAGCAACAUUUGCAAUAACUCCAGGAGGAAUUGGAGAUGCCAAGGAGUAAAGCAAACUGUGUUGUCUUUGUUGGAAAAACUAGAUAUUAAAAAGCAAAACCAUAGUGUUUGAUGAUCUAUCUGCUCAUUAAGAUAAACUUAAAAUUCAUGGUCUGUAUUUUGCAAAAUAUACAGUGACUAAGUUUUACUAUUUGUAAAAAUAGUAUAUAGCACAGUUGCAUUUUAAUAAUUACACCUUAAAUAAUAUGGAACACCAAGUGUAUUACAUUAAAAGUUAGAGAAUAUUUUAAACAAAAUUUUAAUUGGGAUGGCUGUCAUUAAUUUAUUGUUGCAUUAUUAUUUCAUAGAUAUUGAUAAAUACUUUUAGGAAUAUUUACAGUGUUUGCUUUGCAGUUUUCAUGU